UAUAUUUCACUAUGCUGUCAGACUGAUUACUAACCAUUUUGAGGCUCUUUUCAUUAGGCCAAUUGAACUGUAGGUCUUUCCGCAGAAUUUGAAAUCAGCGGAUCAGAUUCUUCCGCCAAAUCUUGCAAUUUUUCUACCCUAGAUAAACGUAUAUGUGGAUAGCUAUUUUGUUUCGUAUUUACGAAUGUUGUUAGGUAGAAGCUGUUUAUCUAAUAACAACAAAAACAAAGCAAUUGUUAAUUUAGAGUUUUGAUUUCUCGGCUGGUGUUUAAGUUAUAUCAACAAAACAAAUUUUUUUCGCUUAAUAAUUCCCAAACAAGACAUUGAGAAAACCAAAUUAUAGUUUUUCUUAUAGCCAUUAUUGGUAUGUUUAUAUGGCAUUAAUGCUUUCUUCGUAGAUUGUUGCUCUCUGAUCUAUUGGUGACUUGAGAAGCAUAUAUAACUUUUAAAACAACCAAAAUUUGGUAGUUAUUGGGCAUAUAGCUAAAUUAUAUUGCCAAGCAAUACACCAUUUAUUUUGAUAAGAUCGCAGGAUGUUGCAAAUCGGUGCUACCGUGACGAUUCAUGACAUUCAGACGUUACUCCGAAGUGAAGUAUUAAAGUCUUGUUCAGAUAGGCCCUCGGUGGAUGAGUGAAGAGCUGAAACUACUAAUAAAUGAAACUUCUCGAAUGAAAAAUAUUUCAAAACAACUAGAGACAUACUGUUUUGUCCCGAAAAGACUGAUUUAACUUUGCCUUAGGUUCUCAAACGAUGAGUACAUAAGAAGUUUCAGCAAUUCCUUUUCAGAAGGGUAAGACGAUACAAUACUACAGCAAUGAAGUUAUGUAGAAUGACUUUUUUUAGUUACCAAGAUAUUCUCAAAGUGAAUGUUCAAUCAGCCAUGAUCAUUUUUCAACUAAAUAAUCAAGAUUUUGACUAUGAAAAUACAACAUUGUUUUGAUCGUACUGCCCAUUAAUGUCGGAAACUUUUUGACAAGAGAUUUUGUUUGCUAGACUUUUUUAAUUCAGUUGAAAUUGCCUUAACAUCUUCGUUAACAUUGGCGGACGUCACAAGUCUCACAGGUGGAAGUAGAUUAAGUCAAAAUGAUCCACAACUGAAUGUUAUAGGUAUAGGAUUUAAAUUAUUCUUAAUAAUGCCACGACAGGUGAUUUCUAGCUUAUCAUCUCUGUGAAUGAAGGCUUUUCAAUUCAUGAAUUCAAUGAUAAUUUAUAAGCAAACCGUCAAUAAUGAAACUUUAAAGCUUGGUUUAUCAUUUCACUACGACAAGUCUAUUGUCGUGUAUAAUCUGCAUUUCUGACUGAAGUUUAUUGUUGCGAAGCGAACUGGCAAACUGCAGCGAGUCUUGCAUUGUUAGUGUUAAUUUCACCCUUUAAAUAUUUAACCACACCAACCUGUUCCUGAUUGUUGCAAAUAAAAAUAAGGAUAAAAUCGUUGACAACUAAAGAAUAACAUACAAAAGAGACCGAAUUUUGUCUGCUUUUACAUUCCUGCUGCAUAUUUGCUAAAUCUACCUGCAAUAGGGCUCUGAAUUGUUUAGAGAAACGAAGCCCUAUUCAGCAGCUGUCAUAGUUUAUGCUCUAAGUGUUGCCGCUAGCCAAGUAUAUAAGCAUUAGAUACCAUAAUGAAGAUGAAAUACUCAGGGUAAUGUAAAGAUGAAAUAUCAUUCCACAUAGAGAUUCCAUUUUGAUACGUUCUUGGCGUAUGUACAAGUAUUAACAGCGAAUGUCAUAUGUUUGAAAGAAAGCCAAAGAGGACUGACACAAUGAUGAACUGAUUCGAAUCCUGUUAGAUGCGAAGCUUAUUUCCGUGCAUCAAAGAAAAUGCAUUCUAGAGAAAUGUUGCUCGUGUUUAUUACAGUCAGUUUUUGGAUGGCUGUCGGCAUGUGCGUUAUAAUAACUGAUGAAAUAAGACUUCACAAAGACCUUCAUAAAGAUGGAAUUUCAUUAUUACUGCCUGAAGAAGAAGGAGCUAUUCGAAGAGCUAACGUCACUAUUGGCCUGACAUUAAACCAACUUGUUGAUGUGGAGGAAACCAAUGAGCAUGUGAUAUUGAAUGCUUUCAUUCGCCAGCUCUGGUAUAAUCCGAAUCUUCGUUGGGACCCAAACAAGUAUGGUGGCAUAUCUCAAGUAAACGUGCAGCCACAUCAAAUUUGGACGCCAGACUUAUAUCUUUACGCCAACGUGGAGGAGGACAAAAACUAUAAUGGCUUCCUAGAUACCUUGAAGACGCGAGUCACGCUGCGGAGUGAUGGCCUUGCCAAAUGGCUGUCUCCAAUCAUGUUUCGUAUAAGUUGCGGAAUCAAUGUUGCAAAAUUUCCCUUUGACACUCAAAAGUGUGAAUUCAGGUUCGGAAGUUUUACAUACGACAGCGACAAGCUGACUUUGAAGCCCGAACUAAGUACUGCAGACCUGUCAAACUACACAGAAAACGUUGAGUGGCACGUGAUAUCUAUGGACACGAAAAAAACACAAACCCUGCAUACAUGCUGCAAAAACAAAUUUGACGAAGUCACGUUUAACCUGGUGAUAAAAAGAAAGCCGCUGUUUUUACUUGUCAAUCUAAUUGCACCCAACAUGAUUUUUUCAUUCUUAACAAUCGUUGUCUACCUCAUACCUGCAGGCUCAAGUGAGAGGUCAUCGUUUGUGGUCAGCCUGGUUCUCGCCAUGGCCCUUUUUCUCACAUCAUCAAUAGACUUAAUGCCGGACAGUUCUGAAGUGAUACCUUUGUUUAGUUAUUUUCUUGGCCUCGUCCUUCUAGCUAUGUUUCUUCUAACUAUAACAGUUUGCUACAGUUUAAGCAUCUACUAUGCCAAUGCAAGUGUAGCUGUUAUGCCUUUUUGGAUGAGAAAAUAUCUGCUUCAUAAGCUGGCACCGUUUUUUGGUAUUACGAUCAGAGCUAAGAGAAGUGGCAAUAAAUCUAAUAAAGGUAAUGGAGAAGAGUUUUACCUGACCACAGCCAUUAAUGAUGAGCUAGAAUGCUGCCAUCCUGGGAGACUGUGGAAAGCCGAAAACUCAUUAAGGCAACCUGGUUGCCUUUGGAAUAACAAAGAGCGUAACCAUAAGAUCUUGAAAGAAUUAAAUCUCGAUUCAAGGGCUGAUAAAAAAGCAUUGAAAAAGAUAAAUAAACAUUUAACAAAGAUUAUUGACAACAUGGAACUGGAAGAAGAGAGGGCACACAGGCAAGGCGAAUGGCAGGCAGUCUCCAAAGUACUUGACAAUGUUUGUUUUUGGUUUUUCAUAUGUGCUUUUCUGCUUGUUAUUACAUUUUGUUCAAUAAAAGGAGCAACAUUGGAUUAGAAAACCCGGUAGCUGCAAGAACCAAGGUAAAAAUGAACACGUUUCUGCAAAGUGGAAUGACCAGAAAUUUAAUUUCUUACAAUUUGAUAGAUGAGAUUAAAUUUGGUUGGAUCGGUUGGACGCCGCUUCUUAUUGAUAUUGCAAUUUUUGCCAACAUCUGUCAGUUCAGUUCUCAGCAUUUCGAAAUAUUUUUGUCGAAAUCAGAUUGCAAUAAAUACGUUUGGAAGUGAUGUUGACCUUUAGUCAUAGAAUUGGUUAUUCAAUAAAGAAGACGAUAAAAGUACUUAGUAUUAAUGUAUUAUUCCCAAUCAUUUAAAACUUUUCUUAUUUUCCAUUAAGGAACAAAACUGCAAUGUUCUGCCUUUGUUUUACUUGAAUUCGAAAUGGAACGGAGGCUUGCUUUACCUCGACAUCACACAUCCUUUCUUUAGGCUUUGACCAGAAAAACUAUACACCCGCAAAUACCGUUAAGCAGACUUUUUCUUUAAGAAAUCUAGAGGGUUCUAUUAUCUGUAAAUGCGUCAUCAUAACCCUGACUGGUUCACAAACAAUCAAUCAUCAUAGCAUUUUUACAGAUCCUGUUUCCAUGUA